AACAAACAUAAAAAAUUAAAAACUUCCUCGGUCACGACACCUUAGAUAGGAUUCUAGGAAGAAUCACCUUGGGGGCUUUCUAGUACCUCGAUAAUAGAGCUUGAGCUUUCAUCAUAGGAGCAAGCAUCAACUGUGUCCAUACACACACAUCUGUGUGUAUAUAUACACACCAUACCCAUGACCCUUUAUCAAUAUCAUCCCAAGCUGCAAUCUUGAUGCAAAAAAUUUAAUUCUUUAGAAUUAAAUUAAGUUCUUAAUUAUAAUUUUAUUAUUAGAUAAUUACCAUAAAUGGGUACUGCAACAUCAAAGCUAACUCAGUAUGAUAUUGAAGAAGUCCAGCAACACUGCAAUAAUCUCUUUUCCCAGCAAGAAAUAGUGUCUCUGUAUCAGAGGUUUUGCCAGCUUGAUAGGUCUUCAAAGGGUUUUAUUUUUGCUGAUGAAUUUUUGUCUGUGCCUGAGUUUUCGAUGAACCUACUGUCUCAGAGGCUAGUGAAGAUGGUGGAUGGUUUAAAUUUUAAGGACUUCGUAGCUUUCUUAUCGGCUUUUAGUGCUAAAGCAAGUAUGAAGCAGAAAAUCGAACUUAUAUUCAAAGUAUAUGAUGUAGAUUAUAAUGGGAAAGUAUCUUUCAAGGACAUAUUAGAAGUGCUUCGGGAUUUGACUGGCUCGUAUAUGUCAGAUGAUCAAAGAGAGGAAGUCCUGAAUGAAGUCAUGAAGGAAGCUGGUUAUACAAGGGAAUCUCUAUUAUUAUUGGAUGACUUCAUAAAGAUUCUUGGCAAUCCGGGCGUGAAGAUGGAGGUAGAAGUUCCAGUUGACUAAACUGAGUCUGCAAGAUUUUAGUGCAACACUGAAGCUUUGAAAUAUGAUUCAGCUUUCCAUUUCAGCAAGAAAUAUUUCAUAGCAUUAGGGUUCUUUCCCAAAUAUGUAAAACUUGACUAGAUGAAACUAGAAAAAGUUGUCAGCGGAUGAGUAACAACAGGAUAAGCAAUGUGUAGCGCUUAUUAUGUAAAUUCUGUAUCUUCUACUCUGGUGUGCUUAUUUUCGCUGUAGGGCUAAACUAAUGCAGCAUUGCUCUGUUAAUGUGAGUACAUUUUUUUAGUUGAA